UCUAUGAUUUGCACAGGCGCAUUGGAUAUCCAGUGUGAGCUAACUGCCUUACUGGACGGAGCACUCAAGGAAACAUUAGGAAGUUUACUUCGACUUUAGUAGAUAUUUUCUGACAUUUAUUGCUUCAUUAAGCUAAAAUUGUGCAAUUAAUAUUAACUUUUGAACCUAUUCUUCUUGAGAACUGUUAAUGCCAGGACGAUUAGGUGAUUGUUGUUGUGACCGCAUUUUUGACUUGGUCAACCGCCAGGUGGCAGCAAAGUUCCGACGUUUACAUUACGAACACGUGCUCGAUGUAAACAAACAACGAUUGUGUGUGAACAGACGUCAAAAUGAGUGUUGAAGUGAAGACACCGACCCACACUCAGUUCGAACAUUCUGAAUUUCUUUGUGGAGAUAAACAAUCGAGCUCAAAACCCAAACCUUCACCUGUUACAUUCAAAUUUGACGAAAAUCAACAGAACUACAACUCUUACAGAAGAGCAAGUGAUGGUGGACAAAAUUUAUCAGUUCAGUGGAGGAAAAGAAGACUAAGCACAAACAGAAAUGAUGCUUCUUUCUAUGGCCCAGGGUCACGCAGAAAAAGAUUCAAGUCAACACCAAGUGAACAGAUUGUGUUGCCGACAAAAUUUCUUCUAGGUGGAAAUAUUAAUGAUCCAUUGAACCUAAACAGCAUAAAUGAAGAGGAAAAUGACAAGACACCAUAUUCGUCACCUGUGCCAACACCAGCACAUCGUAAAGAACUUAUCAAUUCAGUGCCAUUCAACAUAACUGACCCAUUAAAUUUAGAGUCAGCAGAUGAUGAAAUAGGAAUGAGAGGUGCAAAGAAAAAGAAAAGAAAUAAAAAAAGACAUGAAUCAUUUUCUUCUGGUAGUCAGUUAGCAAAGGAAUGGGUGCCAUCAGAAAAGAGGAAAAAUUUGAUGCAAGCAUUAAAAAUUGAAAUUGAUGAACCUAAGUUAAAUGAUAUGAAUUUAACCCAAAUGAAAUCUCCACAGAUGAAAGAAUUGACUUUCAAACUAAGUUCUUCUUCAAAACCUGAUAAAAUAGUGUCUCCAGUAAUCCCACAGUCAUCCCCAAGGCCACGGAAAAGGACGAGAUGCUCAAGUAUGAGUGAUGUUCAUGCAAGACCGGAGUCCACAGCAGCUAGAGCAAUUUUCAGAACAUCAUUAAGUCCAUCAAGAAAUCUUGAGAUUCCUAAACCUUUGCCUGUAAAAACAUCAAAGAAAUCAAACCAAAAACAAUUUGGUGCUGUCAAAUUUAAUAAAAAUCCAAAGUUUGUACAUGGUAAUUACAAUAGAUACUAUGGCUACAGAAAUCCAGAAACAGAAGAUGACUAUAGAAUACAUUGCUUUAAACAGGAAUGGUUUGAGAAGAAAGAUGUACUAGAUAUUGGAUGUAAUGUUGGACAUCUGACACUUUCAAUUGCUAGAGAUUUCAAUCCUACUAAAAUAGUAGGAGUAGACAUUGACAGAACACUAAUUACAGCAGCCAGGAAGAAUAUAAGGCAUUAUAUUACAUCAAGACAGACGGAUACAAAAUCGUUUCCAGUAUCAAAUUCCAUCAAUUAUGGUCCAAUAUUAGCACCACCUGUGGUUGGGAAUAGUCCGAAAGAUGGAUUUCCAUACAAUAUAACAUUUACACAGGGGAACUAUGUCUUAUCAUCAGAUGAAAUGGUCGAUCAGCAGAGAGAAGAAUAUGAUGUCAUACUAGCUUUAAGCUUAACUAAAUGGAUCCAUUUGAAUAAUGGGGACACUGGGCUGAAGAGAUUUUUCCGUAGGAUCUUCAAUCAUCUUCGACCUGGUGGCAAACUCAUCUUAGAACCACAGCCAUGGUCAUCUUACAAGAAGAAAAAGAAACUCACAGAAGAUAUUCACAAGAGUUUCCAGAGCAUCAAAUUGAAACCACAUCAGUUCUCGGACUACUUACUCAGAGAAGUUGGAUUCUCAACAUGUGAGGUGGUAGAUGUGCCAUUCAACAAAUCCAAAGGAUUCAGACGACCUAUACAGCUCUACACAAAGGCAGAUUCAACAUGGAACAGUCCAAAAGAUAUUCUUUUGAGUGGAGUUACUAACACACCAUCAAACAUGGAAGGAAUGCAUUCAUAUGAACCAUCAUCAAUAGCCACACCACAUAGUUCCGUUAUCUCAGUUUCAGCAUCAAAUAGUCCAAAAGACACUCCUCAGUUUAGUGGGGAACAGUCAGUUGAAAACACGCCAUCAAACUUGUAUGAACAUGAACCGUCAUAUACAGUGAAUACUCCACAAAGUGAUGAAAUAUCUUUUGCAAAUAUGCCGUUAGACAUUGGCGAAAACGAACCAUCUGUACCCACGCCGCAAAGUUCGAUAUUAAAUUCAUCUCCGAGCAUUUCUGAACAGGGAGAUAACUCGAGGUCAUCAUUUUCUAAUACUCCAUCAUCUUACAUAGCAUCACCAUUACAUUCACAGGAAGUUCAAGUUGUAAAGGGCAAUAACUCUGAACUUGUUUCAAUUGAAGAAAAUACUUCAAGUGACAUUAUUGAACCAGUUUUGGAUGAUAACAAUGAGAGCUCUAGGACAGACUUGGAAUCACUUAGCAAAUAUGAUUCAACAGACAAAUGAAAUAGUGCAUUUAUAAUAUUUUUGUUAUAAUUAUUGAGUAUAAAACUUUUCAAUGAAUUUA